GUAUCUCUCGACGCUCUGCUUUUGCUUGCGGGCAAAGCUCGAUGCGAUCUCAUCGAUCGAGGCGCUCGUGCCCCAGGACAAGCGCAUGCUCGGCAUGAGCGAGGCGAUCUGGGCCGACGUCGACGACGACUACAGCGACUUGCAGCAUGUUCUAGAGCGCUUUGCGGCGUGGAAGACCGCCGAUGGAGGCAUGUACGCCGCUGCGUACGGCGACUUGGCCCUCGCGCAGCUCGUGUGUCCAUACGUUCGCGUCGAAUUGGCGACGUGGCAGCCGUGGACGUCGUCACGCACCUUUCAAGACAUGCGUUGGAGCUCGCUUUUAGAGGACGACGCGCUGCACGAAGCCGCGAUGGCGCUCGUCCAAGAACAUCUCCGGCGGUACCUUCCACACCUCAACGUCUGCUCGCCGACCCAGCUCCAGAAUUUGCGGCGCCUUGUGCCCCUUUUGGCACCCGAGAGUCGCCCGAUCCAUGCCGAGAUGCUUACACAGUGCCUCUCGUCCGUCCAAGCGCUGGACGUUGCCAGUAUGAGCAGCGUCGACCUUCGGCUCCUGAAAGACGGCGUCAAGGCGCUCUGUGCGUCGGAUGCGCGAUACGACAGUGUGCUCGAGGCGCUGCUGGAAGGCGAGGCGCGCCACUGGAUGCAGAGGUGCGCAACGGCCGGAUCGACACGCAGUCAUGUACAAGGGAUUGCCGCGGCCGUCGACUUGUGGCCACACGGCAAGAAGUUCCCAAACCUCCUCGUCAACUACGCGGUGCUGCUGCGGCGCUUUGUAGCCGACGCCACCUCUGA